AUUGUCGCCGAAGAAGAAGAACACGUGAUUCCUGUUUCUACCUUCAACUGCAUGUGGAGGAAUCCGUCUCGUGAGUAAAUAGCUAACAAAAGGUGCAAAAAUGGUUCGUAAAUUUAAGUACCAUGAACAGAAGCUGCUGAAGAAGGUGGACUUUAUCAACUGGGAGGUCGACAACAACCUGCACGAGGUCAAAGUGCUGCGGAGAUUUCACAUCGAGAAGAGAGAAGACUACACCAAGUACAAUAAAUUGAGUCGUAACAUCAGAGAUCUUGCUCAAAAAAUCAGAGACCUGGAUGAGAAAGAUGGCUUCAGAGCUCAGAGCACACAUCGACUUCUAGAAAAACUGUACAGCAUCGGUCUCAUCCCCACCAAACAGAAUCUGUCUCUCACAGAGAAAAUCUCAGCCUCCUCAUUCUGCAGGAGGCGGCUGCCCAGCAUCAUGCUGAAGCUCCGCAUGGCUCAGAAUCUGAAGACAGCCAUCACAUUCAUCGAACAAGGACAUGUACGUGUUGGACCAGACAUAGUUACAGACCCAGCAUUUCUAGUCACAAGAAAUCUGGAAGAUUUUGUCACGUGGGUGGACUCCUCAAAGAUCAAGCAGCAUGUUAUGAAUUAUAAUGACGAGAGGGACGACUUUGAUCUAGUGGCAUAGGUCUGAUUUCUACCAUCCAUUCAUCACCCUGGAGAACAGGAACAAGGACUCUGCUCUGUUAACUCUGCUGUGAUUAAACAGGGGCUUGGAUCUCUUACCAGUUUGGAAACUGGAAAACUAAUUAGUGCUCUCACCUCCUCAAAAGUCAUAACUUAUCUGGGACAGCAAGGGUAGUCUUUUAUAGCCUUUAUGUUGCUCAGCAAACAGAUUUCCUUUUGAUGUUGUGAAAUCUUAUCUGCUGACAGUUGUUCUAAUAUAUUAAAGCAACAGUUUGUGUCAGCAUUUGACUUUUUAAGCCUGUUGAGCCGCCAGAAGAUCCACUGAGUGAUCAUCAUCCCAUUGGUUGUACAGAGCAGCUUUUAGUCACUGAUCCAUGUUCUAUAACCCUGUUUGUUCUGAAUGUGUGAACUUGAGCUGUUAGUUUUUGAAAUGCCACUUUACAUGUACAAACCAUGAAAUGUAACCAUUACUUGUGUAUACAUAAAGGAGCAACACAAACUGAAUCUUUGAUAAAUAUUUAAUUUUUUAUCAAUAAGACUUUCUUACAAUUGUGUAAACUUUGUAAACAUUAAACAUUUUAUCACAGUA